UCCUCCGUGCGCGCCGGGCCCGAGCCCACGCAAUCCACGGGGCCCACGGAGCCCAGGUAGCCCAUGGAACCCGCGCCGAGCGCGCCCCAGGGGGGCGAGGCGCUGCUGCGGCAGCUGGAAGUGCUGGUCCAGGACGUGGUGAGGACGAGCUCCUGGUGGGAGCGCCACGGCGUGGACUGCGCCAUCCUCGCGCUCAGCCUCCUCGCCUUGCCGGCCGGGUUUCUGUGCCUGCGCUCCGAGAAUGCCCUGGUCUUUUCGUCGGGCAUCACCGUCUUGGGUGUGUGCCACUAUACACUCACUGUCAAAGGUAGCCACCUGGCCACUCACGGGGCCCUGACGGAGUCCAAACGCUGGAGCAAGAUCUGGCUGCUUUUCUUUGUGGAGGUAUGCACAGCCUUCACUGCAGAGCACGCCACACACGGGCAUGUCAAGAUGCACCAUGCCUACACCAAUGUGGUGGGGCUGGGGGACUCCAGCACGUGGAGGCUGCCUUGCCUCAACCGCUACGUCUACAUGUUCCUUGCUCCUCUCCUCCUCCCUGUCGCCACGCCACUGGUGGCUGUCGAGCGGCUGAGGAAGGUGGAGCUGGGGACGGCCCUGCGGACACUGGCCCUGGUUUCUCUGGGCCUUUAUUCUCACUACUGGCUGCUCCUGAACGUGUCAGGCUUCAAGAGCCCCAGCUCAGCCCUGGGCUGCAUGUUCGUCACCAGAUCCCUGCUGGCCCACCCCUACCUCCAUGUCAACAUCUUCCAGCACAUUGGGCUGCCCAUGUUCUCCCGGGACAACAAGCCCCGCCGGAUCCACAUGAUGAGCCUGGGGGUGCUGAACCUGGCCCGGCUGCCGGUGCUGGACUGGGCGUUCGGGCACUCGAUCAUCAGCUGCCACGUGGAACACCACCUCUUCCCCAGGCUCUCUGACAACAUGUGCCUCAAGGUGAAGCCUGUGGUGUCCCAGUUCCUCCGUGAGAAGCAGCUACCAUACAAUGAGGACUCGUACCUGGCUCGCUUCCGGCUGUUUCUCCAGCGCUAUGAGGAGUUCAUGGUGCAGGCCCCGCCGAUCACUGAGCUUGUGGGGCUGCAAUGAGGCCAGGGAAGCCACCCCACUCCUGCCUGGCCUGGCCCUAGCCCUCCUACUGCCGCUGGCCCAGGGGUUGUGGCUCAGUGGCUGGUGGCGGACCUGGAGGGUGGAGACACUGGACAGACUGGGAGGCGGGGUGAUCAGGCCUGGGGUCUGGGGGCCACUUGCCUUGCUUGCUUUUCUGGGUUUUGAAGUGCGUCUGCGGGGAGCAGUGAUGGUGGCUGUGUAUGCUGGUCAGUCUGGACCUCAGCAGCUCCAUCUCAGGACUGAAGAGCUGGGUCCUUCCCACUGCUUCACCUCAGCCUUGGUAGGGGUAAGGGGAGGUGACAGGGCAAGGAGGGAUCCUGUUCAGGGGCCACCUGGCAGGGUCAGCUCCCUCGCCUGUGACCUCCCUGGCACUGGGAGAGCCCCACAUGGCCUUGGCCACUGCCUCCUUCAGGCUCUGCCCAUCAAGGUGCCCUCUCCCCGGGGACCUCAGGUGAGCUUGCUGUUGGCAGGCCUUCCUCGAUUCUCAGCCAAAGGAGCCUGUGCAAGACACUGGCUCAGCGGUUCCCCGGCCGCAGUAUCAGUGUGAUAACAGCAAGUGGGUUUUGUGUGGAGAGAACGCCACAGAAGUGGGGGGAGAAGGUCCCUCAGGGACAGAGCUGGGGAAAGAGUAUAAAUGGCAGGCUGGGCGAGGUGGCUCGCGCCUGUCAUCCCGGCACUUUGGGUCAAGGCAGGUGGAUCCAUGAGGUCAGGAGGUUGAGGCCAGCCUGGCCAACAUGGUGAAACCCCAUCUCUGCUAAAAAUACAAAAAAAGUAGCCAGUUGUGGUGGCACACAUUUGUAGUCCCAGCUACUUGGGAGGCUGGGGCAGGAGAAUCACUUGAACCUAGGACGCAGAAGUUGCAGUGAGCCGAGAUCACACCAUUGCACUGCAGCCUGGGUGACAGAGCCAGGCUUCGUCUCAAAAAAAAAAGAAUAAAUAGCUUUGAAUGUGACCUUGGCUAGCUCAAACAAAGUUUACUUUGUUCUGUGAUGUUCAGAAAUGGUGAACCUGAAGAUAAUCCAUUGGGAGAGAGAAAAAUUGGGGGGAGGGGGUUGGAGCUGGAGGGGGUUCUGGGAACAGGGUCUGGAGGACAGAUGGCCUUAGAGAGGAAUGGGAGAGGGUGGGGUGUAGAUAGAAGAGCCUGAAGUCAGGGCUGGGUGGGGCUGUGGAAGGAUGGUCUGCAGCCUGGGAGUGAGAUGGGAAUAUCAGGGAAUAGCCAAUGUCGGGCAGAGGAAGAGACCAAGGCACUGGGGGUCACCACUGAGAGUCAGCCCACGGUGGGUAGUGUUGAGAGAGGGCUGGGAGCUGCUCCAGCUGGGGCUGGACUAGGAGGGUGCUAGAAAGUGCCCAGGUGGAGGCUGAGGGAGAGACAGAGAAGGAGGCCAGACCUGUGACAGGAGGCCAGACUCAUUAGUUGAAAACAGGUUCUCUCACCUCGGCACUAUUGACUUUUUUUCCCUUUGGAGAUGGAGUGUCACUCUGUGGCCCACGCUU